AUGUUGCCAAAUGUGAUUGUUUUGAUGUAUAUUCUGGCUCUGCAGUUACGGCACUGUGCAGCUGAUCUGUGCAACUGGAGUGGAAGCGGUUUUGCAGCUGGUGUGGACUCCAGGAUUGUACUCCAGGUGCGGCUUCGCUGUACAGAGGGCUGGGUGAGGUGGGUUUACCCGAGCCAGGCUGUCAGGGUGGUCCUGGAGCCUAACCUGUCUUCCGCCCGGCGCACCAUCGUCUGCAUCAAACUGUCUCCGUCUUUCCGCGGAGCCAGCGUGUUCAUUGAACGGACUGGGAAACUGGAGCUGCUGGUGACAGACGGCGGGCGUCCUGAGCAGGUGUUCUGUUUCCGGGCAGAUGGGCCUCAGAGGCCCGCUAUCUACCUUCAGGCCAGCCCGCAGAGAGAUGGAGCCUGGAGCCGACGCGCAAUGGGCUUCAGAUAUGAACUGCUGGGCAACAGGAGCGCUGCACUCAACCUGGGCCACAGCGGGCUGCAGACUUCAUGCCAGCCCUGUAAUGACACAGAACUUCUUAUGGCCAUCUGCAACAGUGAUUUUGUUGUCCGAGGAUACAUCAAGAAUGUGUCCCACCACCCUGAACAUCAGGCAACCCUUGUGGCGGUGUCAGCCUUGAGGGUGUACUGGCAGCGCAGUGGAGUGUUCAAGCAGCAAGUGGCUACCUCUGGGUCAUCUGGGUCAGUCACAUCUUGGCAUGGACACAUCAACACACUCCUGCAGUGCCAUGUGAAGCCUGGGGAUGGAGAGUUUCUUUUCACGGGGUCAGAACACUUUGGGGAAGCUUGGUUAGGGUGUGCCCCGCGCUACAAAGACUUCCUGUCUGUCUACCGGACUGCCCGUGCGUCACGUCGGAAUUCCUGCGACUUCCCUUUAGACUGA